AUGGAGUUUGAGCCCAGUUCAGGACCUGGCAGCGAUGAUGUCAAUGGAGAGAACAUUGACAUCUGCUUUGUGGACAGGAAGCUGGAGUUCCUGAUCAAUGGAAGGGUGCAGAGGAGGGACAUCUUUAUCACCUUGGAUUGCCAGCAGAUACCACAUCAACAGACCCUAGCAAUCUGGUACAAGGUCAUCACCAUGGUCAUUGUGGUCAUCACAGUCUGGACGAAUGCACAACAAUAUUUAAUGGAUAACAAUUUAACAAAGCCAGAAGAUAAGCAAGAAAACAACAGGCCAGAUCAGAGUCCCAGGUCCCAUCUCCACAACGGUGCAGGAGCCACUCCAAUUGCUAGGCCAUCCAAAAGGCUGCUGCCACCAUCAUGCAAAAGGCCCGCUCCCGCCACCAGCCCUGUGACUGGCCCGCUCUCACUGCCGACUGCCGCCACCUCACCGGCCCGCUCUCACCGCCAACUGCCACCGCCUCACUGGCCCGCUCUCACCAUCGACUGCCGCCGCCUCACUAGCCCGUUCUCACUGCCGACUGCCGCCACCUCACCGGCCCGCUCUCACUGCCGACUGCCGCCACCUCACCGGCCCGCUCUCACCAUCGACUGCCGCCGCCUCACUGGCCCAUUGUCACCAUCGACUGCCGCCGCCUCACUGGCCCAUUGUCACCAUCGACUGCCUCCACCUUACCGGCCCAUUGUCACCAUCAACUGCUGCCCCGUCACCGGCCCACUCUCACCACCGACUGCCGCCACCUCACCGGCCCGCUAUCACCGCCGAAUUGGCCCACUCUUGAUCCGCCGCCAUCGCUCCAGCCCAUGCUUGAUCUGCUGUUGCUGCAGGUCAUGGUCCAUGUGUUCACCUGCCGCCACAUGGUUUCUAGUCAUGAACUGA